AUGUCAACUUUAGAAGGAAGAGAAAUUAUUAUUGGGACAAAAUAUAAACUGGGUCGAAAGAUUGGCGCAGGUUCUUUUGGUGAAAUUUAUUUGGGUACCAAUAUUAUGAGUGGAGAAGAUAUUGCUGUCAAGUUAGAAAGUAUUCGCGCAGCUCAUCCUCAGCUUGAAUAUGAAGCAAGAGUCUAUAAAACACUGGCAGGAGGAGUGGGUAUUCCUUUUGUUCGAUGGUAUGGCAGAGAAGGUGAUUUUAAUGUGCUUGUGAUGGACUUGCUUGGCCCUUCCAUGGAAGACUUGUUUAAUUACUGUAAAAGAAGGUUUUCACUCAAGACUGUCUUGUUGUUGGCUGAUCAAUUGUUGUCACGCGUAGAAUAUGUUCAUUCUAAAGGUUUUAUUCAUAGAGAUAUCAAACCUGACAAUUUUUUGAUGGGUAUUGGUAAACGUGGAAAUCAAGUGAACAUGAUUGAUUUUGGCUUGGCUAAGCGAUUUAGAGACCCAAAGAGCAAUGUACAUAUACCCUACAGAGAGAACAAGAAUCUGACUGGUACUCCACGUUAUGCGAGUGUUAACACGCAUCUGGGCAUUGAACAAUCACGGCGUGAUGACCUUGAAUCACUCGGUUAUAUCCUUGUGUAUUUCUGUCGAGGCCAAUUACCUUGGCAAGGCAUCAGAGCCAGAACAAAGAAAGAGAAAUAUGACAAAAUCAUGGAAAAGAAAAUGACAACACCUGCAGACGCAUUAUGUCGCGGUUUGCAUCAAGAGUUUGCUAUAUACCUCAAUUAUGUUCGAUCACUUCGCUUUGAUGAUAAGCCUGAUUACUCUUACCUUCGUAAAUUGUUUCGAGAUUUGUUUGUACGUGAAGGUUUCCAAUAUGAUUAUGUCUUUGAUUGGACCAUCCGUAAAUUGCAAGAGAAAAAGGCUGCUUAUCAGCCUCCAGAACCUGGUCUGAAUCCUAUGAAUGCCUAUAUGGGAUCAAACCCUCCUUUUGAUGCUAACAGAAGGAUGCCUAGUGCUAUGGCAGGAGGUGGAGCACCCCUUCCUUCUGCUAAUUUGAGAGCAACGUAUCGUACAGAAACAAAAUCACCCGAGACUUCUAAACGUUUGGAUGAUGUGAUGCUUCAAUACCAACAACAACAAAAGAUGCUUCAACAUAAACCUGCUUAUUUCUCAGCUGGUCCUAUCAAUCAACCACCACCACCACAACAGCCACAACAACAACAACAACAACAGUUGGCAUCUCCUACAGCUUAUCAGGAUCCAUAUGCAUCUCAUUUAGGAUAUUCUGGUACAGGAGGAGGAAGAAUGUUGGUUAGAGACAAUCAGCAACAACAACAACAACAACAACAACAAUUAGGUGGUAAGUAUGAGAGAAAGAGGGUAUUGGCGGAUGAGACCAAUCCAAUCGAACCAAGCAUUGCUGAUCCUCUUUUCUCUGUAAAACGUACACACUUCCACCCACCUACAGGUCCUUCAAGUAAUAGACAACAAACGUACACACCAUUUCAUCCUGAUACCAACAACAACAACAACAACAACAAUAAUAAUGCUUUUCUGCCUGAUCCAAACGACAAUGAAGAUCCAACUGGUUUUAUUCGUAAGCCAAAUGAUAUUCACGCUUUAAUGGACGAACGUAAGCCAAUGCAAAGUUCUUCCUCUUCUAAACCAUUUCAUCUAGUGAACACGAAUCGACUUUAUGAAGAUUUUUAA